ACCAACUACUGCUACCACCAUGGCAUCUGCAAGCUCCGCACAGACCGCCUUCGGGUUGGGCCGCAGGAAGAAGAACCCCGGCCUCCUGGAUCAGAUCGGAAAGUUCUUUGGAGGGGACAAGAAGAGGAAGAGCAAGGGAUCUUUCCGAGGUGCUCUCUCUCCAGGUCCUCAGAAAGCCUCUGCGACUUCCCCACGUAAGCGUGGAGCAGAGAACGCUGUGGUCCAUUUCUUCCGCACGAUCGUGUCCCCUGCCCCUCCUAAGUCCAGGUGGAGAGGACUAGCAGCCAAGAUAGGCCUGGGCGACCAGAAGUCACAGUCCGCUAAAGGCAAGAAGGCCAGUGCAGGGGAUGGCAAAGGCACCCUGACUAGGAUCUUCAAAAUGUGAUGAUAUCAGCAGCAGAGGAAGCAGGAGUGCUUCUCCAGCCAAACGCUGAGGUCCCUCUCCACACCCCCUUCCAACAGCACGAGGGCAGAUGUUCAAGAACACGGGACUAAAGUGGGGGAAAAAAAAGAGGAAGAAAAGGAGGAAAUCUUAUCACCCCUUACACUCACCUUCCCCUCCGCCUCUAAUAACACUCUAAUGUUCGCUAAAUCCCUCAUCUCUCCUGUUCCCCUCCCAUCCCUUUGGCUGGUAGAUAGCGACACAAUCUGUUGCCCCCCCCUCCCCCUUCCCAAUCCUCACCCACCCUUGCAUGCGUUGUGCUGAGUCUGUGCAGUCAUCAUCAUUGGUGUGAACUGUUUGCUGAAGUUGAUCCUGAAGCCGCUCACAUGUGCAGCCUGAAUGACCCCCUGACCCCUGCCAUGGCUCUCUCUCUCUCUCUAUCUCUCUCUCUCUCUUCAUAUAUACUUGUGCUUAAGUUUCUGUGGACGUCUCUCAUAGUUUCUCUAACAAAAGGUGGCUGAACUGAAGCAGACCUGGAGUUCUCGAAAGCUAAGGCCGGUGCGAGUCCGACUGACUCGACCGUCAUUGCCGUUUGCUGAUUGGAUGAAAAGGCCGGGCUGUUUCUGUUUUAGUAAAGAGCGAUUUUCUGUCUCGUCACACUGUCUUUUGUCGUUCCCUCGAACUUUCUCCCCCUGCACCCGAACAUAAACCUGUGUUUGAGUUUUGUUUUGUAAUAGAUUUAACAGAUUUUACAUUAUUAUGAGAGCCAUUUUGGUCUUUGUGUGUUUUCAUUCAACUCUUGUGUCUUAGCUGUAGUUAAGUGUCCUGUCCUGAAUGUGAUGUUGAUCUAUGUUUGUCAUUAAGGCUGUCUGUGGAUUUUGUGGUAAAAGUUAAAUUUCUAAACUUUCUAAAUCAAUUUUCUGCAAUAGUCACUGAAAGAAGCAGAGGAGUUUCUAAUGCAUCUGUAACUAAAUUAUUUCGUAGUGCACUAUUUUCCACUUUUAAAGCCUUCAGACCCUGAAUCUGAAACAUAAAGCCAGAUUCAGACCAUUCAUCUAUGCUUUAGUGUAGUCUCUUCUUUGUCUUUGUAUGCACAGCACAGAUUCUGUAAAUGCCUUUCCUCCUGACUACCAAAAAAACAAUGUGCUGUGUUUCCAUUUUGUGAAUAAUAAAAAACAAAAAAAACAACACAAUUUCAAAAAGGUGCUCUGUAACUAACUAUGUAUUUACAAAUUAUAAGUUGUUACUUGAGAAUGUGCAAAAGUUUUCUGGCACCAAGUCAGUCAAAGAAAAGCUCAGCACUACCACUUGUGCUGUUCCCAACAUCCAUCUUUCAAAAAGCCGGCAUGCGUGAUGCGUAGCGUCCAUCUCUCCUACUGUUUGUGUGUGCUUGAGCCUCUUGAGUGCUGUGUAGUGGUUUUUGUUGUUUUUUUUUUCUGAAUGGAUCCUGUGAAUGAAUGUAAAGAUCCUCCUCAUUAUUGUAUGUGUAAUAAAACAUGACCAGCCACUUAACUGAGAAUAAAAAAUAAAAAAUUAUAAAACCAGCUCUA